ACUAGUUUUUACACAUCCAGUCUUCAUGGUGUAGUUCUCAGGGGUGACGCGGCGGCGGUUAUGCUCCGCCCUGGCAGAGGCCAGGAACAGUCAGCAGCGAGCAGGCAUCUCUUGGUCACAGAGUUAUGGGUGACAUGAAGACACCAGAUUUUGAUGACCUGCUGGCAGCAUUCGAUAUUCCAGACAUUGAUGCUAAGGAGGCUAUUGAGUCGAACUCGGGUGAUCCUGAUGGGAAUCAGAGUGAAUCCAGUGGUGCAGAUGGAAAGGAGAAAAGUGGAGGUUCUGCUCAAAAACCCACUGCUGUGGCAGAGGUUAAAGAAAGUGUUCCUCUAGCUUCUAAUGACCCUCCUGUGGUCAGUGUUAUAGUAAAAAACAGCGUGUGUUCUGAUGUUCUGAUAAAAGAGGAAGAAAUGGAGGAGGAGGAGGAGGAGGAAUGUGGGACGAAGAGAAGUGAAGGUGAUUCUGUUCUGCCUCCCAAACUUGAACCCAGAGAACAUAGUCUUUUGCCACCUGACUCGCUCAUCCAUAAUGGAUUUAAAGCUUCUUCAGAUAAAGCUGCAGAACCAAGCCUGCACUCCAGUCAGCCUCAGAUGCAACCAAAUGGCCUUUGGCCCGAAGAUGAUGAGAAAAACCAUGAUGGCAGUUCUUCUAGUCACUCUAGUGUAAUCUUUCCGCCUCCUGUGCCUUUACCCAUUUCAGAUACUUCCGACACAUCCGCAAAUUUGAUCGACCUUCUUCCAAACAAGUUGGAUGAAAAUGAAGUAGAGCAUCCUGAGUCUUUAAACGUCACGUCGAGGACCGGUGUUCCUCGCUCAGAAGACGAAGAAUCUGAGCCGGACCUUGGAAGUCCUCCACUUAUGAUCCAGGAAAGUCCAGACCUCCAAGCUUCUUUGUCUCCUAAGUUUCCACGAAGACAGAGGAAAUCUAUCCAACUCCAGCCACCAUCUCCCUCUUCGCCAACUUUGCCUGUCAGCAACACCCAAACUGGAGAGGCUACUGCUGUCACAGAGCAACACCUAGGCCUAAUGUCCUCCACCCCCCAGGAGACACCCCUGAGCAACAGCAACACCUGCUCUUCUAUGACUGAAAAGACUACUGACCCAUCCAAUGCAGAGCGAUACCCAGAGCAUAUUAUUGAGGAGAGGGACUCUCCUGAAAGUCCUGAGCCAGAAAUGCCCCCUUGUCCACAGGGUAAGAGCUUACCGCCAGCCCCUGCCCAGUGUAGCACCAAUCCCUCCACCUCCCUGCCAGUCAAAAAAGAGCCAGUACCAGAAGAAACAAUGGAGGAAACUAUGGACAAUGAAGGGAGGAGCAUGCAAGAGGGAAGGAAUUGCGAUCCGCAUGUUCAGAGCAGUCCUAAAGAAGGCAUUCAGAAAAAGGUUCAAGUGGACAUGGAAGAACAGCAACCAGUACCUAUUCCAGUAGCUUCUGCUGGCCAGAAAGGCUUGGGCACCUCCACAGCACCUUCUAGACCACUGAAAGUUCGAAUCAAGACUGUUAAAACGCCUACCGGCAAUGUCACGCGCACUGCUACCAGACUGGCUGCUAAAGGAGCUGCAGCAGGAGCCACUAAGAGAUCUGAGAGCACUAAGAUGCAGCUAGGAGGACGUAAGGUGGUCACCAGACCUAAAAGAGCUGCUUCUGCAGCAUCUGAAAAUUCACCAGUGCUGCCUGUGUCAACAUUGCAAGAUGCUAGCACAGCUAUGUUGUUUGCAGCUAGCAAGGUGCAGAAAGUGUCUGCUACUUUAUCCGUCUCCAGUGUCAAGAAACCUCUGCCUUCCCCCUCCUUGUCGUCUUCACCUGUGGGCAUCAAUGUUCAGUCGAUGGGCUUGAAAACAGUUUACAGCGCUGUGUCUUCGGCCAAAGCAGCGUCCAUCGUGAACAGUUCCGGUGCUGUGAUCUCCCGCAGUCAGUCCAGCCUUGUGGAGGCUUUCAACAAGAUCCUCAACAGCAGGAACCCACUGCCCAGCUACCAGCCAGACCUCUCUGUUCCCCCACCUCCAGAGUGGGGCCUGGGUGUUCCUCCUGCAGGUUAUCGCUGUCUGGAAUGUGGUGAUGCUUUUGCAUUGGAGCGCAGCUUGGCGAGACACUACGACCGGCGGUCGCUACGAAUUGAGGUGACCUGCAACCACUGCUCAAAGCGCCUGGCCUUCUUCAACAAGUGCAGUUUGCUGCUGCACGCUCGGGAGCACAAGGAGAAAGGGCUGGUCAUGCAGUGCUCUCAUCUGGUCAUGCGACCUGUCAGCAUGGAGCAGAUGAUUGGUCAGCAGGACACUGUGCCAAUUGGUGUGCUCUCCCCAUCUCUGCUGGCCUGCGGUUCUUUGCCUGCAGCUAAAGAAGAAACCUCUGGUCCGCCUGGAAUAUUUGAUAACCGGUGCCCAGAGUGCAAAAGUCCAUUCAGCUCAACAGAAGAACUUGCUGCGCACUUCCAAGAAGUUGAUCCCAGCGGCUCUGAAUCAAGCUGUAUGAAGUGUUCUCCUCCGAUGCCUCUGUGGAACUCCUGCAGUGCAGCGGCUCACCGGCGGCUUCACCAGAACCUGCCCCCUCUGGUCUGUCCUGACUGUGGCCUCGUCUACCAACCUAACCACCUGAACUCUCACUUACAGCAGUCCUGUCUGCACUAUUCACGCCAGCUUGGAUACAGGUGUCCUUGUUGCCAGCUGGUGUUUGGAGGGGUAAAUAGUUUGAAUGCAGUGAAGACUCACAUGCAGACAGCUCACUGUGAGGUCUUCCAUAAAUGCCCCGCCUGCCCCAUGGCCUUCAAAUCUGCCCCCAGCGCUGAUGUUCACUGCACUGCCCAGCACCCCACGCUCACAGACACAGCCAAGCAGUCUAAGGAGAUCUAUAAAUGUGUCCUCUGUCAGACCGUUUUUACCCAGAAAGCCCUGCUCAGCCUUCAUUUUGACACUCACUUAACCAAGCAGAAGGUCCAUGUGUUCAAGUGUCCUGACUGCAACAAGCUGUUCACUCAGAGAGCUUCUCUGCUGGCACACAUGAAGGCUUCUCACAGGAAUUUAACGGUUCAACCCAGUGAAGUAUCAGCUCAGAAAAGCUCUGUGAAGAUGGAGAGCUCUGAUGGAGAAGAUGAAGAGGACGGAGAGAGAGAGGGAGUUCCAAAGGGGAAAAAAGGUCCUGCCACUUCCAAUGCCCAACAGUGGAGCUGCUCACAAUGUCAAACACGCUUCUCUGACAAAGACAAUUAUAUCAACCACAUGGCCAAAAAGCAUGGAAAGGAGCUGAAGCGGUUUCCCUGCACUUUCUGUGAACGCUCCUUCUCUUCCUCCUCAAGCAUGAGACGCCACAUGCGGGUCAAACACAAGGGCAUUAAAAGGUCCUUCCAGUGCCAGUUAUGCCCUGAGGGCAGAAAGACUUUCAGCAGUAAGCUGGUCCUAGAUAAACAUAUGCAAAUUCAUCAUGGCGGACGAAAAGGAGUUACAAAUCCACGACAGCCAUCGUCUCGGUUCACGGACACUGCCGACAGCUCCUCGGAGCAGGACGGUGCCCCCAGCGCUGUGACCGCCGGAUCUGCAGAGGAGGACGAGGGACACCUGUCCCAGGAUGCAGGGACAAGGUCAGCUCAGGGACGUGAUGGAGACUGUUUCCGCUGUGCACCGUGCGGCUUCCUGUCUCUGGAGAAGGAGGAGUUUCUCCAGCACAUCCAAACUCACCGUGGCGAAGGGGGCAGGGCCCUGCAGUGUCAGCUGUGUGGAGCAUGCUUCGCCUCGGGCUCCUCCCUCAGCCGCCAUCGCUUCAUCAGCCACCGCAUGCGAGGAACCGAGCCGGAUAACACGCCCAGAGGCCGCAGAGACGCCGCCCCCCGUGGUAACGUCACCUUGGACGCGCCUGACCUCUCUCCGGCGUCCCUGUCUCAGGCAGAAGACGGAGAGGACAAGCUGACCUGCAAAGUGUGUGGACGUCAGUUCAGCAAGGCCGCCGACCUCAGCACACACUUCAGGACACACGGCAUGGCCUUUAUUACCACCUACAAAACAGACAAACCGGCCUGAGGCGGAGAAAUGAAGCUGUCGAUACUGAGAAAAGCUGUAGUUUUAAAUGUGAAGUCCUACUGAUAGUUUGGCUUUUAAAAAAAUGAAGCUUCCAGUUUUCCUCCUUUACCAAAAUGCGUUCAGUCAGCGUGUGAUCUAAAGAAGUGUUUGGUGUCUGAUGCUUGCUUCCUUAGUUUUGCACGUGUCUGCUUAGAUUGGCAGGACAGUACCAGUACCUACACACGGUCAAACUAAAAAGUCAAAGUACCACUUAAAAGAUAUCCACAGGAACAUAUGCAAGAAAACUAUAGGGAUAAAGGAAGUGAAGAAAAAAAUGCAAUGUGUAAUAAUGCUGUUGGAUAAUGUCAGUGUGAAACACAAUCAGUUAAUGCUAUUAAAAUGUAUACUCUAAAUUCCAACAGAAAUUAACUAUAAGUACAAAAUUAUGUUUUAAUCCGAUAUUAACGAUAUGUCUCCAAUUAAACCAGGCAUUUGGACAUCCCUUUCUACCUUCAUGCAUUUGCCUGUAUAGUCUUUUGUUUCUGAUACAUUAAAAACAUGUAUUCGGCAGUGCUGGGAAUGCUGUGUGAACGAGGAAGUCUAUUAGAGACUGUUUCUAAUUUGAGACGAUUAGCUUUUAGCUUCUGUUAACUUUGUAGUUUCAGUGCAAAAAUAGAGAAGCACGUUUCAGGCUGAUCUGCUUCAAAAGAGGGAAAAUUGUGUGCUUUUUUUUUUUUGGGCCAAACUGUGGUUUAUUACUGUACUCAUGUCCUCAUGUGCCUUGUAACACUCCGUGUCCAGACUCGAGGUCUGUAGGCCUGCAGCAGGAAGCCCUGCAGUGAGCUUGGACGAGUUUUAAUCAGUGCUGGUUUAGUCUGAACCAGCACUUUACUUUACAGCUUUACUCCUUUUUCUUGUAGGGUGACGGUAUAGGGAAUUUAGGAGGCUGUUAUAAUCUAUAAUCUGGAUUGUUUUCUGGGCAGGUGGUGGACUUUUAGAUGUUCCUCAGCACCUACCCCAGUGCACUUACUGAGCCUUAGCUGUUCAUACUCACAGAUGCCUUUGUACUGUUGGACAAACACUGUCUAUUGCAAUGUUUUAUGAUUUAAAAGAAAUAGACUGAAUUGUUAGUCUUCUGCAGCUGAGAUCAGUGUUUUCCAGCCCAGUCCUUUUGGAGCAUUCGAGUUUUAAGUUUUACUCGGUGAAAGAAAUCUAACUGUCAGUUACAAGGCAUUGAUUUCUCGUUGUUCGCUCUGCUGGAGGUUUUUUAAAAUGCUAUUGUAUUGAAAAGCAGCAUUAAUAAGAUGGAUCUCACUUGGCAACACCAUAGCAACCACCUCGGAUACCAUAGCAACACCUUAGCAACAACCUAGCAUCCGCUUAGCAACACCUUUAGCAAUUAGCACUGCAGUCACACUCUGCAGAACCUACGAUGAAACUCAGUUUCUGCAGAACCUUCGAUGGUCUAGUUUUCCAUUGUUCCCUCUGCUGGAGGUUUUCUAAAUGCUAUUGUACUAAAAAGCAGCAUUAAAAAAAGAUAAAUCUCACUUAGCAACACCAUAGCAACCACCACGGAUAUCCCAGCAACACCUCAGCAACAAUAUAGCAACCGCUUAUCAACACCAUAGCAACCAGCCACGAAUCAGCACUGCAAUCACACUCGCAGUUUCUGCAGAUUCUACGAUAAUCUAGUUUUCCAUUGUUCGCUCUGCUGAAGGUUUUACAAAUGCUAUUGUAUUGAAAAGCAGCAUUAGUAAGAUUAAUCUUAUUAUAUAUGUGUCUAUAUAAUGGAUUCAGGACAACUGAUCUAUAAACUAAAUACAUACAUAACCUUUAAUACUUUAAUAAAUGGCCAUUUCAAGAAGCAUUAGAUGUUAUAACACUACAUAAGUUAAAAAGGUAAAAAAGAACUCCAAAUUAUGACACCCCCUUUUUGAUUACCUAGCCUUUCUAAAAGUUUGUUGCACCAGUAGCAGCAGAUCGUUUUAAACUGUUAUUCAUAUACUUUCCCAGUCCGAUUUUUGCAGGGCUAGCACAAGAAGUUACAUCAAUAAUAGUAUAUUUUUUUUUUUGGGGGGGGGGGGUAAAAUAUCUAGAUAUAUUAAUCCUUACAUUUAGGUUUAGGGAUGCACUGAUAUGUGAAUUCUGGGCCGAUACAAUAUAAUUAUAUUACACAUGUACUGUAUAUAUCUGCAGAUGCCAGUGCUAUGGUAUAUCUAUUUAUUUGCAGAGAGACUAGACACCAUGGAUUAACUUGGUGGAAGCUAAUACAAAUAAAUAAUUAAAUGAAUUAAUUUAAAGUAGCACAGCCAGUGUCGACCAAUUUCAAUCCUUUUCCAGCAUACAAUAAGUACGCCAGCAAGUAUUGGUUUAAAAAAUUUUGAUUCUUUGAUUCUGAACUUUGAUUCUGAACUUGGGAUUGUUUGAGACUCUCCCAACUUUUUGAAUAGAAUUUCCAAGUAGAAAAUUAAAUUAAUGUAAUUGUGUCCUGUGGCCUCCUUUAAUGAUCACCGUUGCUUUGGGAAAUCCAGUCCUGAUUGUCUGAUUGAGGACUAAGUUGGGAAACACUGAUUUUAGCACACUUUGAUUUUGUCUUGUUUUUUUUUUUUUACGUCUCUGUGUCUGAGUUUUUAUUAAUCAAUCAAAAAGUUUUAAUAUUCAGUAACAUACAGGAGAACAGUCUUAGUAACUGGUGGCCUUCCUCUUUAAAUCUAAUGCUAAUUAGCUAAUGCUAAAGGAGUUUGAUGAGGAUGUUAAAAGCCAUCAAAUAUCAAAUUUCUCUGGGAUUCAAUGCCAUCUGGAUCAACAGAAAGCUUCAUAAACUGUGUAAAUGUGUGUAAGCAUUAGAGUGUGUGUAUAUAAGGGCUAGGCAUAAGUAGAAUUUGAUGAAGAAGAAAAUCAUGAAGAAGAAACUACAGGCUGAUCUGUACCCAAAGAUUUUUUUUCUAUACAUAACGAUGUAGGUAAUCAUGUGUGUUAACAACAGUAACUUGACUGUUUUCCUUUUCUAACGAUCAGCUGGACAGUUAAAGCCUCAGUCAGGACUAAAAAGAAGUGAUUUUUGGGGUGGCAGUUCUCUUCACACUGUAAUUAGGAUUUUAUUUGUAAUUUUCUCCCAUUUUCCCUCAUUAUUUAGCUAAGCCAAUUGUCCCACCUAUUUAUUCAGCUAUUACUCAGCUGUAUAUCCCCUAUCACUAAUGAUGCCACAACACAAGUGUAGCAUCACAGUGCUAACGCCCGGAGGAAAGUGCAGCGACUCGGUUCUGAUACAUCAGCUCACAGACGCAGCCUUGUGCUGAUCCACAUCACCCUAGGAGUGAUGAGGGGAAAGAGAGAGCGCUGUCUACUGUACUGUACCCACCCAGAGAGAGCAAGGCCAACUGUACUUUCUCGGGGCUCUGGCAGCUGAUGGCAAGCUGCAUGACCAGGAUUCAAACCAACAAUCGUCCAAUCAUAUUGGCAGAGCUUUAGCUUUAGACUGCUGGACCACUCAGCACCCUUGGGAUCUUUCUUAAUACAGUCAUAUUUAAUAUACUGGAGAAAAAGCCUGCCUGUGGCUGAAUGUACUGGAAUUUAACUUUCUUUCAUUACUGUUGAAGUUUUUUUUGUAAAAAAGACCAAAGGGUAACUUUAAGUGACAUCAAUAUAGUUUGAGCACCCCUGCUUCUAAAUUUCUGUUACUGUGACCUUAAAAUCAAGGGCAUUCUUUGAGAUACAAAACAUUUAUUUCAUAUUUUGAGCAAGAUUAUGUAUUUAUUUACAUAUUAUACAGUUUUAAAAUAUGACCUAUAACAAAAAUCUGAAAAGAGGCUGAAGCGAUCUUAUUGAUCCCCCCGUGCAUGAUCAUAACUGCUUAUAACACCCCACUCAGUGAGUAUAACAGCUUAUUGUCUACGUUGCCCUAUUGUCUUGUUUACUGACAAGGAAAUGUAUUAACCAAAGCUAAUACUAUAUUUUUAAGAAAAAAACGUUAUUAAAUACUCUAUGCACUGUAACUAUAAACUACAUUCAAAGUGAUCUGAAUCAUUAAAACAAAUUUAUUUAGAUGUGGCUAACAGUA